AUGGCAUCGUCGUCCGAUUCUUCUGUCGACCUUGCCACUGUUGACGCACUCGAGUUGCUGCCUGACAACUCUGCUGCUAAUUGGCACUCUUAUGCUCAUUCCGUCGAGGUGCUCCUCUCCUCUGUUGUGGUUAGCGGUUACAACCUUCGCUCGGUUGUCUUUCAGGAAGGCGGUGGACUUCAGCCCGUGGCCCCCACCACUCCUACUGGACCUGCCCCUGCCCACCCUGGCACCGAGCCCUCUCCCCCCGGUGAUCCUCCCACCUUUGCGCCGAAUGUCAACGACCCGCAGAGCUCGGAAACCGCCAUUCGCACCUACCGCACCAAUCUCCAAGAGCACCUGCGCCUGCAAUUGCGCUACGAGGACGACAGGCGCAUCUAUGACGACGCCACUGCCCGCUACAACAAGUACCAGGAGGACCUGGACACCUACACGGCAGAACUUGCAGACUACACCACGAAAAUUAAUGUCUGGCGGGUUGCUGAUCGACGCGCGCUUGCCAUUCUUCUCGCCACCAUCCCCUCCUCCCUCAAACGCGAGCUCUCACCUACCUCCUCCUCCCACCUGUGGCGACUGCUGGUCGACCUUUUCGAUCGGCAGGACGUUACCACUCUUUACGUCCUUAUCAAGGAGUUUGGAACUCUCUCCAUGGAUUCCACUUCUGGCGCAGCUGCUUUCACUCGCCGUGUCUUAGACCUUGCUCGGCGCCUUGCAACUCUCAAUGUGGUGUACCCGGACACCGUCAUCUGCUGCCACCUCCUCGAGGGCCUCACACCUGCCUUCGAUGCUCACAAGCUUGCUUACAUGCAGCUUAUCUCCAAGCACCACACCCGUGCAGAAGUCACUCAGUGGAUUAUCACCACUGAAGCUGAGAUCCUUCGCCACUCUUCCUCCACAGUUGCAGCAGCCCAGUCGCGCAGCAGCCAGGGUGGACCAGCUGCCUUUCCUCCCUGUCAGUACCUGCCUCGCUACGGUCCCACUCAGGGACAGCGCUGCGGCCAAACCACUCAUGCCACUAAGACGUGCUUCAAGGCACUCAGUGAUGAGUGGUUUGCCCGUGGCAACACCGGCACCCCUCCUGGCUGGUCCGUCAUCAACCCUCGCCCCACUCCCCUUGAGGUCCGUUCCUCUCCCCUCUAUGAACCUUCCUCCACCCAGGCCCAUUAG